AUGCCAAUCACUGAAUUCGCCCUCCUACGUCUCAAAGAACAGGAACCAUCAGCAAAGACCAAGUCUAGUCUUCGAGAUGUGGUUAAACAACAAUCCGCCUGGUCAAAGCAUCCAGUGAAUUUCCUUCGUCAAAUCGAAGACUCGGGUCUAGUGUAUCUUCUGGGUGGAUGGGCGUCUGUGGCCGAGCAUUUCGGAGAUUGGAUUACAUCUGCGCCGAAUCAGCGGUUACUAGCUGAACUCAAGGAUGCUAUUGAUAUAGAAUGGCUGUUCCAUUUGGAUAUUGAUCCUUCCGCGCGAAAUAUCCCCCUCGAUGCACCGGUUCUUGGCAUAACCCGGUACUUUGUCGAGGCUAGCAGGAAAGACGAAUUCGAAAGUAUCUUCCAAGCAGGGGCUCCUCAUCUCGGAGAAUACACUGCUCCGUACAGUUACGCUGGUGGCUGGCGCAUCGAUAAAGAUGGCGAGGAUGAAGAAUUCGUGCUCUUCAGUGGCUGGAACAAAGUCGAAGAUCACUUUGGGUUUGCCGAGUCCGAUGCUUUUAAGGAAUUCGGGAAGAUCAAGAGUGCUAUCAAGGGUGCGGAAAUUAAACAUGCACACUUGGAGAAGUGGGGGUAA